AUGCAGUGGGAGUUUUGGUGUUCCGGAGACCACGGACAAGCCUUCAGAAGCUACCAGGAAGGCAAACGAUAUAUUAGAUCAGAGCUAGAGAACAAUGUGGGAUUUCGUUAUUUCUGGCUUCACCUAUGCCUCAUUUCGAUUUGGUUCUGUGACGGGAAACCGAUAACCCGAGCCACUCGGCGAAAAGACGGAAAGAUCGAUCUGGAGGACGCUCUGGAGGACGCUCUGGAGGACGCCCUAGAGGAUGGCCUAGAGGAGCGAGACAGCUUGGAAAGCUUUUCGGAGCCUAUGAAAGCAAACUUUCUGAAGAUGCUGAAGCUGUCGGGGGUUCCUGAGGAAGACAGGAAAGUUCAACCUCCUCCAUUUAUGAUGGAGCUGUACAACAAGUAUGCCUCGGAUAUGUCCUCGGUUCAACGUUCGGUUGUCAUACGCAGCUUUGUCGUACAAGAGGUGACCGUUAUCAGUGAGAAUAAAUCUUCACACAGGCUCCGAUUCAAUGUCUCAAUCCCCCGCUAUGAGGAGGUCACCGUGAUCCAACUCCGACUCUUCAUGCUAUGGCGAAGAAAUCACUCAUCCUGCGAAGACAGUCUGACUUCCAUUAACGUUUAUAACGUGGUGCAGACAAAAAAACAAGAAACGUCGCAUCUCCUGGACAGGAAGGACAUCCGUGACACGGGGCACACAUGGGAGGAUUUUGAUGUGACGAGUGCCAUUCAGAGCUGGCUUUAUUCGCAGCAUGGAGUAGGCGAACUGGAAGUCGAGGUGAAGAGUCAAGGCUGUGCAGCCUUCCAAGGCGAAGGCUACGAGAUCUUCCUGGGUUUGGCGAAUGCCACCUCGCCUGUUUUAAUCGCCUUUUCGAAUGACCUUGAGAAACGCAAACUCAAAGCCAAAAACGAGGUGCAAGAGAUGAUGACUCACGAAAACAAGAAGUUUCUAUGGAGCACGGACGCCUUCGAAGAUGAGACAAAGCACCAUCAAAGAACAAAGAGGCACGCUGGUAAGAACUACUGCCGGAGAACCUCCCUGAAAGUCAAUUUUAGGGAUAUCGGAUGGGAUAAAUGGAUCGUCGCACCCCCCGAAUACGAUGCAUACGAAUGUAAAGGCGUGUGCAGCUUUCCUCUUACAGAAGAUGUGACCCCUUCCAAGCAUGCAAUCAUUCAAACUUUGGUCAACCUGAGCAACCCGAAAAAAGCCAACAAGGCGUGUUGUGUUCCGACAAAGCUGGACCCUUUAACCGUUAUGUACCAAGAGAACGGCAUUAUCACCGUGAGGCAUCUUUAUGAGGAGAUGAAAGUGGCGAAAUGCGGCUGUAGGUAGUGAGAAAGAAAACAAAAAUCUAACUAUGAUUAUGCUGCUCAUGUUUUAUUUUUGCUCUUUUUUUUUUUUUUUUUUUUAAAUGGAGGCUUUAAGUUAAAUAUCAUUUGUCCAUUCAGCAUUAAAACACUUCAAUCAUUUAAAAAAUAGGGGGGAAAAAUUUGCAUUGUUAUGUUUAUGUAUUCGACAUUAGCCUUGAAUUCCACACCAUAGCCUUUUACCUUCUUUUAUUACUUUGGAUUAUUAUGGCUGCAUGGUGGUGCUGAUUUUAAUUGACUUUCAUUAUCUUUGGUGAGAUUUUCACGCUGGACAGCGUCACAUCGAAUCCAGAUACACAAUACAGUCCACCAUGCACACACAUAUUCUCCCAUUCAUUCACACUUAGGGCAAUUUUAAGUAGACAGACCACUGCCUGGCAUAUUUUUGGGGGACGGCAAAGGAAACUGAAGAACCUGGAGGACAUGCAAAUCUAGACAGACACUAAACUGACCUUCACCAAAACUUAUUAUGCAGUAAUGAAUCCCAGUGUCGCACCAUUCCAUGUUAAAUUAAUCAUUCACUAUAUGAAGUUAUAUUUAUUUACCCAGUUUUAUACUAAAACACUAAAAACUCUGUGUGUGUGUGUGUGUGUGUGUGUGUGUGUGUGUGUGUGUGUGUGUGUGUGUGUGUGUGUGUGUGUGUGUUGCUCCUUGGAGAAUAUGUAAUUAGCGCCCUCUACUGAGCAAAGAGGGGAUUAGAUGGAGAUAUUAGCCUCCUACAUGAUUCUG